UUGUCACAGUAAAGACUCGUGCAACAGGAUCGGGAGCAUUUGUCCCCUACUUAAAAUCCACCUGACACUUGGAGAGGAAAGUAGUUGUGGUUGGAUUACAACAUGGGAGGGUUCUAUUCUAGUGAGAAGAUGACAGGCCUGUUCGCCUAUGAAAGCUCCGAUUUGGACUGGUGUGAGGAUAACUACAGGCACUCUGAACACAUAGUGGAGUACUUCAACACUAUGAGCAGCCUGUUCUUCUUCGUGAUCUCCCCCAUCAUGCUGUACCUGCUACACCCCUAUGCCAGGGAGAGGAACCUGGCUGUACACCUGGUCUGGAUCAUGAUGAUCUUUGUGGGUCUCUUCUCUGCCUACUUCCACAUGACCCUGAGCUUCAUGGGCCAGAUGCUGGAUGAGCUGUCCAUCCUGUGGGUCCUGGGGCUCUGCUAUGGCCUCUGGUUCCCACGCAGGCUCUACCCCUCCUUCAUCAAGGACAGGACGACUUUCUCCCGGCUAGUCAUGAUGAUCACUGUUGUCACCACCCUAUGCUCCUUUGUCAAACCCACUGCCAACGCCUACCUCCUCAACUGCUUUGCCCUCCACAUCAUCUACUCAUUGGGUCUGGAGAUGAGGAUCUGUACUGACCAGAAGGUGCUGCGGUUAUGCUGGGCUGCUGUUGGCCUGUGGGUGCUGGCCAUCUCCUGCUGGAUCAGUGAUCGUUUCGGAUGCAGCUUCUGGCAAAAGCUCAAUUUCUGCUACCUGCAUGGCAUCUGGCACAUUCUGAUUGUGAUGGCUGUAGCCUAUGCAAGCACCCUAAUAGCCUACUUGGAUGCCAUCUAUGAGAUACCCUACUCCUUGCCAGGCCUUCAGUACUGGCCCAGUGACAACUGGGUCCUGGGCUUGCCUUACAUCGUCCUGAAAGGAACCACCAAAACUCAGAAAAUAUUCUAGAGAACAUUUAACUUCUGCAAGAGACAACUUGAAGUCUUUGGUGAUGAAAUGUGGUCUGUAGUGCCAUGCAGAGAAAGUGUAAAAUGUGGUGCCUUUCUUUUUACUUAGCAGUGACUCCGUUUGAGAAAUGGUUGCAAUCCAUUAGAUUGCUUCUUAUUUGAUAUGAAAAUAGAAUCAAUGCCACUCAGGUCAUCAAGUUCGAUGUUUGUUUGGUGUGCAUGUGUGAGAAAAUUAAUGUGUGUAUGUUUGCAUUUUGUGUGAAUUUUGAUCAAUUCACUCAUCGGUUAUUUGCGUCCAUACAGAUGUAGAAUCUUAAUUUGAUCACUCUUUUUGUUGCUGAGAAUUUUCCUGCACCGCAGGAAAUGCAAAUGAGCUUCAUGGUUUAUAUAAAUUCACUGAAAACCUACUGUUAUAUUAACAGUAUUGCACUUUUCAUGUAGCAUACUUUUAGCCAGCUUAAUA